ACUCACCUUUCGUAAAUUUUCCGGGACUGUUCCAAGCGCCACAGUACCGGGUUUUUUUUUCGAUGAAGAAUAUCAACAGGAUACCGCUAGUGGUUAAUAGUCUUUUAUGAUACAUAUAAACAAUAACAAUAACUUCAGGCUAAAUCAGGAUUUAAAAACAUACAGAUUAAAAGGUAAAUUCAAAAAAUUGUGUUUUUCAUUUAUCGAUUUGUUUCACAGACCACGUGACCAAUAUUAGUAAUACUUCUCCUUAUCGAUAUAGAAAAUUGAAAUGAUAGAUUAUAGUUGAUUAAUGUAAGAAAGAAGAAAAUUAAGAGAUUAAACAAUUAAUUAGUUAGUUAUUUAGAUAAAUAAAAAAGGAGAAGAAGUCAAGGAAAUAGACACGUAAAAGUUUUUAAUUCUUAAAAUAGAUUCAAUAUUGAACAGCUUUGUAAUUUUCUAACAUAUAGUUUUAACUGAAUUAUUAAUGAAACGAACAGGUAUAUAAUCAAAUUAAUUAACGAAUAAAAGGUUAGAAAAUAUGUCCCUUUUUUGUGUUUAUUUUAUAAUUCGUCUAUUUUUUUUUCUAUUACCAUUUUAUAUAAAAAUCAAUAGAACAAACAAUAUAUUGACAAUUAUUUAUAAACAUUAUGUAAAUCUUCUUUCUUAAGAUGUCAACUUAGUUCUUGUUUCAAUAUUAGUUUUAUUUUUAAAAUAUCUAAUUAGUUUCAAAGGUCUAUUAAUUGUUAUUCUAUUUUUUUUUCUUUCUUUCUCCAUAUCCGGUUGGUAUCAUCUGGUACGAUUUUAUAGCCUAUUUUGUUCUAAAUAUUUCAUUUUUGAUUAGAAAUGUCGUGAUACAAGAUAUCUUUAGAUUUUAUGUUGAUAAGAAAAAAUUAAAGAUACUCAAUAGCAUUCUAUUGAAAAAAAACUAUCGAGUUCUUUCUUUUCGUACUUAGUUCAUAUUAAAUUGAAAUAACUGUUGGAGAGAGGAAAAAUCGUAGCUUUUGGACGGAAACAAAGAGCCAUAUAGAUGUCGAUAGGCCUAUAUAAUUUAAUGCUUACAAAGCUUAGUGGUAGGGGAAAAAUAAAAUCCAACUAGAUGUAGCAGUCAUGCUAUUUAUAAAGCAUUCAUUGAAAAGAGACGCUUUAUAUUUAUAAAUAGAAUAUUAUGUUCUACUAAUAUACUGUUAUGUAUUAAUGCAUAAAAGUGUAUUUUGUCUGUUCAACAAUUUAUUAAUUGAGUAGUAUUAAUUACAAUCCUUUGCGCAACUACAGGCAAAAAUGUAACAAUAUUUUUUAACUAUUCCUUUUAUAUCUGUACUUGAAAAAAAAAUGUUUAUAUAAUAGGCCUGCAAAAGAAUAUUGGUACCAGUCUAAAAGGCCUUUGAACUGCGUGUUACGAUAGCGAUCAUUGUGCUAUUGGCCGAGGACGUUGAAACAAGUUUAGAGAUUUAAUAAUUUAACUUUUUUUUCUCCUUCAUUCUCUACGCUCUCCUCUCAAAUUUUCCUGAAAUUUAUCAUCACCAUCAACCUAAUUCGGUCUAUUACUUGAUUAUUAUUAAAAGUGGACUAUAGUGAAUUUAUUGAAAAACCGAAGAUAUUCUCAUUACUUUUGAGGAAGAAAUAGAAGAAUUCUCACACAUUUAGCUUGGUUAUUUUUUUUCCUUUUUUAUGGACAAAUUUCUCAAGUUCUUUACAAAAUAUCCUACUUUUGAUUAGUCAUCUGCUCCAGGCAUUCGUCUACAGCAUAUAAAAAAUAAUUUAUAAUAUAUAUAUAUAUAUAUAUAUAUAUAUAUAUAUAUAUAUAUGCUGUAAAACAUAUUCAUAUAGUUUUAGAUGAAAAUCAAGAAAAGAGAAGAUCUCUCGAUUUUUCUACCUGAAAAGUUAACAAGUAGAAAAAAAAACGUCAGUUAGAAAUCUUUAAAAAAUAAUAACAUGACAACUGUUUAAAACUAAAAUUGUAUAAGAAAGAAGAACAAUAGAGAUUGAGAUAUGAAUAGAAAUAGAGGAAUUAGAAGAUCGAUUGUCAGAGGAGGAAAAGACGAUAAGAUCGUUUUAAUAUUUGGCGAUAUUAAUACUGGUAAAACUUGCCUGGAAGAUGAAUUUAGACCUGAAGACGAUUUAUCUAAUACAACUUCCCUUUUACAUCAAGGAAAUAACUAUUUGAAUAGAUUAAACUAUGGAGAAAAAAAGGUAAAGUUUAUUUUAUUUUCCCAAAGCAUUUAUUCAUCGGUAAAAUCCCACAAGACAGCUGUUUCACCAUUGUAUUUAACUAGAACAUAUAGAGAUAUUUCUUUCAAACUCUAUAUAGGAUAUAAAGUGUAGAAUAUACUAUUUAUUUCAAAAGGAAAAGUAAGAAAAAGCCUACUUCUAGUUUACCAAAAAACAUGAUCAAUAUUCAGAUUAGUGUACGUCUUUGAUAAAAGACAAUUUUAUAUAUAUAUAUAUGUAUAGUAUAGUCGUAUAAUACGAGUGUAAAAAAAGAAAGCCUAUGUCUUUAAAAGACUAGAUUCGUGAUAGAUAAUAAUAGAAAUAUAUCGGUGAAUGGUUAAUAGAGGGCAUAAAUAAAACUAUUGUUGAUCGAUCCUUAAAUAAAUUUUUUCUAAUAUAUUCUACAAUCUCUUCUUUCUUAUUCCUCCUCUGUAGACUAAUUAAAAUGAACAGUCUCUUUUUAUUAUUUUGAAGGGAAGAAUGCUGUAAUAAUAAAUUAUGUUCCUAGAAAAAUUGAGUAUUCAUAGAAUUAUGCUUAGUUUGCAAAAUAAAAUAAAAUAUAGUGAAAAGGAGGACAAGGAAACAAAACGAAGAAGCUAACCAAUGAAUGAAUUGAGAGAAUGUUUUCUUCUUUUAUUAUUAGAUUUUUUUUAGAUUUAUUGUCUAAAUAAUGUUUAUUAGCUUUAAAAUGUCUUUUGUGACGAUUAUAUUGUAUAAUAGCUAUUAUUAUUGAUGAACAGAAAAAAAUUAUACUAUUCUACUAAUCUUCAGAUAAUCUUCAAGUCAGCAAAUUGUAAUCACUGCAAAGAUAUUGCAGGUGAACAGCAAUAUGAUGUAAUAUUACUUUGCUUUUCUGUCGAUGAACCAGACAGUGUUGAGUCAAUAGAGAGUGGUUGGUCGCCAGAGCUUAGGCAGCACUUUUGCCCAGGUAAACCGGUUGUUGUUGUUGGGACAAAGAUAGACCUCCGCCACAACGAGAUCACUAAAAGAGAAUUAGAAAGAAGGGGCAAAUAUCCAGUUAAUACUUUUGCUGGUAAAGCAUGUGCGUCACGCUUACACGCCGAAGCCUAUGCUGAAUGUUCAACUAAAACAGGAGAAGGUCUAGACGAUCUUCUCAGAAUCGUAACAAACAUUGCCGAGAAAGCUGAUAAGGAGAGAAGGAAGAGACGAUUCUAUGAUUGCUUAAGAACUUGGUGCGCUUGUUUCCGUUGCUGCUUUAGAGAUAAUAAGUAUAAAUUACAGACUGAUUAGCCUUCCUCCAUAAUCAGUCAAUCUCUAUUCACUUCGAAGAAAUUAAAAGCAACGUCUACUAUUUCAUAAAGAGGGAGAUUGGGGGAAGAACAUUCAAUCCUUCGUUUAUGAACACACGUAUACAUAUAUUAUAUAUAUAUUAAAUGAUUACUUGUCUAUUUUAUACUUUUAUCACACAUUGAAGCUAUCAGAUUAUGAUAAUCUGCCAUCAUAUUGGAUUAUAUUAAUGUAUAAUUUGAUGGUUAAAUUAUCAACAAAAAAGAGGAAAAAACAACAAAUUCAAACUACUAGCUUAUGUCUUUUUGUAUUAAUUGUAAUUAACUGAACUAACUUUAUUAUUACUAUUAUUUUCCAUAAAGAGAGGGGGUCUGACUAUCCUGCAAUGAAUAGUUCUUUUUAGUAUCAUUAGUAUUCAUUUAUCAUACAGAUAUUGUGUUGUUGGAUAAGCACAAUACACUCUGUUUUAUAUACAUUAUACAGUAUACAGUGUAUAUAUAUAUCUUUUUUGUAUUGAAUCUUAAUUGUUUGCUUUAAAUACAAACUAUACAAAAACUAAUAGUCAUAACGAUUUUUAUUAUUGCGCAAUAAAUGUUCUUUAAUUAAUAUCUGUCUAUUCUUCUAUGUUUUAAUUUCAUACUCCCAAACAAAAAAAAAGGAUUACCUAAGCUGUUCAAUAAAUUGUUAUACAGAU